ACCGCUUCGCUCCGCUGCGCGCCACUCCGCCGCCCCCCCCCGGCCCGCCGCCAGCACCGGCCCCGCCGCCCCGCCGCCGUCCCGGGGCCGCCAUGGAGACCGGCAGCAAGAUGACGGCUCGCCUGAUGCUCGCCGUGGGAGGAGCGGUGCUGGGCUCCCUGCAGUUUGGCUACAACACCGGCGUCAUCAACGCCCCCCAGAAGGUGAUUGAGGACUUCUACAACCGCACGUGGCUGUACCGCUACGAGGAGCCCAUCAGCCCUGCCACCCUCACCACGCUCUGGUCCCUCUCUGUCGCCAUCUUCUCCGUGGGGGGCAUGAUUGGCUCCUUCUCCGUCGGGCUCUUUGUCAACCGCUUUGGACGGCGCAACUCCAUGCUGAUGUCCAACAUCCUUGCCUUCGUGGCUGCUGUCCUGAUGGGCUUCUCCAAGAUGGCUUUCUCCUUCGAGAUGCUCAUCCUCGGCCGCUUCAUCAUCGGCCUCUACUCCGGCCUCACCACCGGCUUCGUGCCCAUGUAUGUGGGCGAGGUGUCGCCCACCGCCCUGCGGGGUGCCCUGGGGACCUUCCACCAGCUGGGCAUUGUCCUGGGCAUCCUGAUUGCACAGGUGUUCGGUUUGGACUUGAUCAUGGGCAACGACUCGCUCUGGCCGCUGCUGCUGGGCUUCAUCUUCGUGCCUGCCCUGCUGCAGUGCAUCAUCCUGCCCUUCGCCCCCGAGAGCCCUCGCUUCCUGCUCAUCAACCGCAACGAGGAGAACAAAGCCAAGAGCGUCCUCAAGAAGCUGCGGGGCACGACGGAUGUCAGCAGCGACCUGCAGGAGAUGAAGGAGGAGAGCCGGCAGAUGAUGAGGGAGAAGAAGGUGACCAUCAUGGAGCUGUUCCGCUCGCCCAUGUACCGCCAGCCCAUCCUCAUCGCCAUCGUCCUGCAGCUCUCCCAGCAGCUCUCGGGCAUCAACGCCGUCUUCUACUACUCCACCAGCAUCUUCGAGAAGUCUGGUGUGGAGCAGCCUGUCUACGCCACCAUCGGCUCCGGCGUGGUGAACACAGCUUUCACGGUUGUAUCGCUGUUUGUGGUGGAACGAGCUGGGCGCAGGACCCUGCACCUCAUCGGGCUGGCAGGCAUGGCCGGCUGCGCCGUGCUCAUGACCAUCGCCCUGACGCUGCUGGACCAAAUGCCCUGGAUGUCCUACCUCAGCAUUGUGGCCAUCUUCGGCUUCGUGGCCUUCUUCGAGAUCGGCCCAGGCCCCAUCCCCUGGUUCAUCGUGGCGGAGCUCUUCAGCCAGGGCCCGCGCCCUGCCGCCUUCGCCGUCGCCGGGCUGUCCAACUGGACCUCCAACUUCAUCGUGGGCAUGGGCUUCCAGUACAUCGCGCAACUCUGCGGCUCCUACGUCUUCAUCAUCUUCACGGUGCUGCUCGUCCUCUUCUUCAUCUUCACCUACUUCAAGGUGCCCGAGACCAAGGGCCGGACCUUCGACGAGAUCGCCUCGGGCUUCCGGCAGGGGGGCGCCGGCCAGAGCGACAAAACCCCGGACGAGUUCCACAGCCUGGGCGCCGACUCCCAGGUGUGACCUGCCCGGCCGGGACCUGCUGCCGGCCCUGCCCGCGGCCGCUCGCCCUCCGCCUCCGCCUCCUCCUCCUCCUCCUCCUCCUCUUCCUCCCGAGCCCUCGGCUUCUCCUCU